CCUCCCAACCUGAAGUUAGUUUUUAUAAACGUACCGCAAUGAUCUAACCUGUUGGAGGCAAUAACAAUUUGCGCCAUGCCCAGCCCGGGACCCCGCCGCAGCCCGCGAUGUGCAAGGCCAUGAGCAAAGCCGCGAGCUGGGAGAUGGAAGGAUUAAGAGGCGAAGGCGGCGGCGCCCCCAGCCAGUGCCGCAAUUUCCUCUCGUCGCCCGUGUUCGGCGCCGCUCACUCCGGCCGCUCGGCAGCCGCCUCGGGCUUCGCUUACGCGGGGCCCCCGGAGCGCGCGGGUUCCGCGGCGCGCUCGGAGCCGCCUUCCAAGGAGUGCCCAGGCUCCGGCGCCCCGCCGGCCGCCCCGGCGCUGGGUUACGGCUACCACUUCGGCAAUGGAUAUUACAGCUGUCGGAUGUCCCACGGCGUCGGGAUCCAGCAGAACGCCCUCAAGUCUUCCCCCCAUGCCUCCAUUGGCGGCUUCCCGGUGGAAAAGUACAUGGACGUCUCCAGCUUGGCCAGCACCAGCGUGCCCGCCAAUGAAGGCUCCUCGCGGGCCAAGGAAGUGUCCUUUUACCAGGGCUACACCAACCCGUACCAGCACGUCCCCGGGUACAUAGACAUGGUCUCCACGUUCGGCUCCGGGGAGCCGAGGCACGAGACAUACAUAUCCAUGGAGGGCUAUCAGUCUUGGACUCUGGCGAAUGGCUGGAACAGCCAGGUUUACUGUGCGAAAGACCAGUCCCAGAGCUCCCAUUUUUGGAAAUCGUCCUUUCCAGGGGACGUUGCACUAAACCAGCCAGAUAUGUGUGUCUACAGACGGGGAAGAAAGAAGCGAGUGCCAUAUACAAAACUGCAACUUAAAGAACUGGAGAAUGAAUAUGCCAUUAACAAGUUCAUUAACAAGGACAAGAGGCGAAGGAUAUCCGCAGCCACAAACCUGUCUGAGAGACAAGUUACCAUUUGGUUUCAGAAUAGAAGGGUGAAGGAUAAGAAAAUAGUCUCAAAGCUGAAGGACAACGUAUCUUGAUCUCUUGGUUGCGGACAGUGGUGGAAAUAUAAAUACAAUUUACGAUCAGCUAAAGACUUUUGGAAAGACUUGAAAAUAUAUUUAAUAUUUCCCACCCCCUUCCUACGGAGGCGAGAUUUUGUGAUUUGCUUUUAACUAAAGUCAGCAUUUUUCUUUGAUCCGUGGAGAAUGCUGCCAAAUCUUGACUUUGUAGUUCUGUUUCUUUCUCUCUUUUUGUUGUUUGUAUUUUAAUAUCUUCUGUUCCUCCCUCUAGGCCAGUAUAAACGACUUUAAGUAUGCUGAGCAGUUACCAUUAUAAUUUUCUUAAAUACUUAUCUGGUUCUUUUCUGUAAAAAUUGUCUCUAAACAGCCGGGUGCCAAGACUGUCAGCUGUGGUUUGGUAUCAUAAAUGUCACCAGGACGCAGAAUUAUUAUUUUUUAAAAAAAUAAGUAAUAUAAUGUAAUUGGGGAUUAAGAAAUCAUUACAACGCUGUUCUCGGUUUAAAAUAAAGUGAGCCCACCAACA